AUUUUUUAUCUUCAACAAUGUACGGUUAGGGCUUUGCUAGAACUGUUCUUCCUAGGGUUUUAAAAUUCUCUCUAAAAAACUGAAACUUACACCGCAAAGAAGAGAAAGAGAAAGGAUUAAUGGCAAGGCACAGGAGCCGAAGUUGGAGCCGGAGCCGCAGUCCUGUAAGACGCAAACGCUACGAUGAUCCCCGUGAUCGCCGUCGUGAACGUCGCUCACCCGCCCCCUCUGGCCUCCUCGUUCGCAACAUCUCUCUCAGUGCUAGGCCUGAAGACCUUAGGAUUCCGUUUGAAAGAUUUGGGCCAAUAAAGGAUGUUUAUUUACCCAAGAAUUACUACACUGGGGAGCCUCGAGGCUUUGGAUUUGUGAAGUUUCGUUAUCCUGAAGAUGCGGCUGAGGCAAAGAGCCACCUGAAUCGUACAGUGAUUGGUGGACGUGAAAUAAGAAUUGUUUUUGCUGAGGAGAACAGGAAAACUCCUCAAGAAAUGCGUAGGACUGGAGGUGCAAGCUCUCGGGGAAGCCGCAGAAGGCGGAGUCCAUCAAGGUCCCCCAGACGCAGAUAUCACUCUGACUCACGCUCGCGUUCUCCUGCUCGACGUGACUCCAGGUCUGCUUUAUGACUGUGACUGUAACUGUAAAUUAAUUUUAUUUUGCUUUCUACACAACUGUUUACCUAUUCUUCCUUCUUCUACAUGUCCUGGGAGUAUUUUUUGUUAAAAUUUCAACUUUCUAUCUGAAGUCAGUUUCAGAUCCCUUAUCGCAUCUCAAGUUUUAGAGCAAUUCGUGCUGUUUGCAUGUUGUGGGAACU